AGCCAGGCAACCAGCCGCGUCUUGGACUUUGGACAAUUUCUCCACAACAAGGAAUCUAUCGUCAUCGAAUAACUGGUCCUAGCGAGGUUAAUUAUCUGUAGAGAUAACCAAAACAAAAAUCCAGGGGGCAAAUAGUGAUCAAGUAAACAGCAAAAAUGAGUUCAGGCGAUGCAUACUUGCGAACCGGCCGCGGGGGAGCGGGGAACUUCUACUCGCCAAAAGACGUCGAGGAUGCCGCGAAGCAGGACAAGACAGAGGACAUAGAAGCGCAAAAGGUACCAGCCCAACAAGACGGCAACAGCACAACCCCCAACAAUCUCCAAUCCAGCAGCGCAUCAACAGCCGGCGCAGAUGGAGCAACAUACAUGCGCUCAGGGCGCGGCGGCGCCGGCAACUUCGUGACCCCAGAUCUUCCCACUACUACCCCUACCCCUACCACUACUUCUUCCCCUCCCUCAUCUUCAGCCCCGAAACCGGCCUCAUCAGCGCCCAGAUACUCAGGCCGCGGCGGGGCGGGAAACUACGAUAGCGGCGAGAGCGAAGCCGCCCGUCGUGCCAAAGAGGAGCAGGAAGUGCGGCGCAAGGAGGCCCUCGACGCCGGCAUCGCGCAGGAGAUUCGCGCCAGCUUAGCAGCGCCGCCGCGCACGUAUCAUUUGCAUCAGCCUGGGCGUGGACGAAAGCCUGAGGAUGACGUGGCGGAUGCGUAGGGGAAGGGGAUGUGGGUAUGUGUGUGUGUGUGUUGGAUUCAGCUUUGAAAUUCUAUUUUGCUCAUAUAGGGAAGUGGUAAUAAUAAGUGAGGUUAUUUUACAUAACUAUUCGGUGAGCGGCACUUUUGAGAAUGAGUGAGUGAGUAUAAACUAAGGUCUCCUUGGUAUAAGGUCUGUGCAGAUCUGACGAGCUUGCCAGCCAUUCUGUUUGUGGCAAUAUGUAGAAUCAAAAAUAUACAUGUACUAAAUGAUGAAUAAAAUAGUGCCACUGGAAAC